AUGAUCCGAAAUUUGAUGCACCGCCUACGUAUGAAGAAGCCGUACGGUCAGCACCGAGCAGUCCUGUAUCGCCUACGGACACCACAACAUUUCCAAUGCAAGAACGGCCACCGCCACCCAAUAAUUCGCCAGCAAGCAUCGACGUUCGCCUUGAAAUGGCGGAAAUACCAACGUCAUCGGCUCGCUAAUUUCACCAAAAUCUCCAUAUUGAUAUUACCUCUACUUUCUCACAAUUCCCGGUUAUAUAUGUGUCUAAAGUUUAUGCUUAAUUGUAUCAACUGUUGUUUAAUUUGA